GAUUCAUUUUAUUAGAGUCACAGUUCACAACUUCAUUCACAUAAAUUAAGUAGGAUCUCUGAACUUUAUUCCUUCGUUUUGCAUAAAUAUGGUUCUGUGGACAAGUGCACGUAAAAUUGGAGCUGUGGCCUUAGGCACCGGUGCUGGCCUUAGCGUAUACUUCUAUCAGAAAAUACGCGAACCACAUACUAUUGCACACAUGUCAUGGACUAACAGUGAGAAGCCUGUUAGCCCUUGUGCUCUUUGGGACUCCAAUUGGGAUUGCCGCAAUCCAAAGAGUUUGGUUAAGCCACCAAAAAAUGAUUCACCACAAGAACAAAAUCAUUAUAACAGCGAGUUAGAAAAGGCUUGCCCAAAAUUUGCCCGACACAUCAUACUCAUCAGACAUGGAGAAUAUUUGGAUUUAGGUGAUAGCGACGAGACUCAUCGCCUAACAAGUAGAGGUCGUCUGCAAGCGGAAUAUACGGGAAAAAGAUUACAUGAGAUGGGUAUCAAAUGGGAUAAGGUGAUAGCAUCUACAAUGACACGGGCUCAGGAGACUGCCGAAAUUAUACUGAAGGAAAUUGAUUUCAAUCCAAAGGAUGUGAAACAUUGUCCAUACAUACGCGAAGGUGCUCCCAUACCUCCACAACCCCCUGUGGGCCAUUGGAGGCCGGAGGAAUCGCAGUUUUUCCGUGAUGGCGCUCGUAUUGAAGCUGGCUUCAGACGUUAUUUUCAUCGCGCUUUGCCCACCGACAAACAUGAUACCUAUACUCUAAUAGUAGGGCAUGGCAAUGUCAUACGUUAUUUCGUGUGCAGAGCUUUACAAUUUCCCCCAGAAGCUUGGCUGAGAAUCAAUGUCAAUCAUGCCUCCAUCACAUGGCUUACUAUACAGCCUUCGGGUAAUGUUUCUAUUAAAUAUUUGGGAGAUACCGGGUAUAUUCCUGCCAAAUUCCUAACUAAUCGCAUUCCACGGGAAGCCAAGAAUGUGGUAUAGAUUUACUUAAGAAAAAAAAAACUUAAGAGAUUGGAAAGUUAUUAACUUUUGCUAGCAUUGGGGCAGGAGUAAGAAUCUAAGUGAUAACGUCUCAUUGUAUCUAAAACGUUAUAGUAUUACGUCAAUUAUAAACAUCCUCCCACAAAAAAAGAGAACUGCCGCUAUGCCGUUUGAAAUAAAAAUAUUCUAAAACUUGUUGCCACAUAA